AUGUGUCCAGAAAACGUAGAUUUAUUUUCCGUAAUUAGUCUUUCUGCGAACACUGUUGCUCGUAGGGUUGAACAUAUUGAAAGAAAUAUUAAAUCACAGCUAAAAGACAAAGCCAGCAAGUUUGUAUGCUUUUCUGUUGCACUUGAUGAGUCAAUUGAUGUAUCAGACACAUCCCAAUUGUUAUUGUUCAUCAGAGGAAUAAAUGCCAAUUUUGAGAUUACUGAGGAACUUGUAUCUGUGCACAGCAUGCAUGGAACAACAACAGGCAUAGAUAUUUUUAGAGAAGUGGAAAAGUCAGUGGCUGAGUAUAAUUUGGAAUGGAAAAAACUAAAAUGCAUAACAACAGAUGGUGGCAGAAAUAUGUGUGGAACCAAAAAGGGCUUAGUUGGGCAAAUUAACAAAGUAAUUGAGAAUUCCGGUGGAUUGAAACCUUUGGUAUUGCAUUGUAUUCUUCAUCAGCAAGCACUGUGUGGAAAGCAUCUUGAUUUAUCAUCUGUAUUAGAUCCUGUGAUUUCCACUGUUAACUACAUAAGAUCUCAUGGACUCAAACAUCGCCAAUUUCGUGAUUUCUUGGAGGAAAUGAAUGCUGAGUUUCCAGACCUACCUUACUAUACUUCAGUAAGAUGGCUUAGCUAUGGAAAAAUUCUGGCUAGAUUUUUUGAGCUUCGAACUGAAAUUGAAAUAUUUUUAAAUGAGAAAAACCAUUCACAGGUGUUGCUCAAAGACAGUGAAUGGCUCUGGAAAUUAGCAUUUUCAGCCGAUUUAACUAUGCAUCUCAAUGAUUUCAACCUACGGAUACAAGGUGAAACUUCACUCAUCUGUGAUUUGUACUCAAAGGUGAAAGCUUUUCGUAAGAAAUUAAUACUAUUUGAAACUUUGAAACAACAGUUUGAAGAACGUUUUUCUGAUCUUGAUGCAUGUUCUUCAAAACUAAGAAUUUUUGAAAAUCCAUUUAACUCUGUUAUUGGAGACUUACCUUCUGAGUUACAAAUGGAAGUUAUUGAUUUGCAAUCCAAUGACAUCCUGAAGGACAAAUAUAAAGAGGGAAAUUUGAUUGAAUUCUACAAAUGCCUUCCAUCCGACCAAUUUCUUCAUUUAAGGAGGUUUGCCUGUGAAUUCAUUUCAGUUUUUGGCACCACAUAUUUGUGUGAGAAGACUUUUUCAAAGAUGAAAUACACAAAAUCCUGCUACAGAUCACAAUUGUCUGAUGAACAUUUAAAUGCAUUGCUUGUUAUUGGAACCACUCAUUUUGAACCUCAGUUGGACAAAAUUUUGUCAGAAAUGAAACAAUUUCAUGUUUCCCCUAUUGAUCAAAGUUAA